AGGUGUGCGCCUCUCACCCAUCCCAAUGCUUCUUCACCCGCUCCUUCCCAUGUCUCUGAAACAAUGCUGCGGGAAACGGCUUUGUUGCCUUUCUUCUGGAUACUGAUUCGCUUCUCCUCAGCGGGGGCAGUGCGGAUGGAGGUGACUCCGCGGAGGGCGCUCUUCAGGCUGGGGGACGCCGGGCAGCUGCGCUGCUCGGUGCGGGACUGCGCAGAGCCGCCGUCUCUCUUCUGGACCCGGCUGGAAGACAGACCCAUGUCUGCACACAUCCGGACCAACGGCUCCGAGUCAGCCGCCAUCUUUGACCCGGUGACGACUGAACACCAGGCGACGUUUCUCUGCAAAGUCAUCUGCGGACGUGAAAGCAAACAGUCGCGGGCAGUCGUGCAAGUUUACUCGUUUCCAGAGAGCCCUGUGAUUCUGGGACACCAUGAUGUGACGCUGGGUCAGGAGAAGAGGCUGAUCUGCCGGGUCGAAAACGUCUUCCCGGUGGAACUCCUGACUUUCGAUUGGCUCCAAGGAGAUCGGGUGCUCCAGAGCCGAGGAGCAGAUCUGGAAGGAGGCUCUGCCGUGUCCACCUACAGCCUCACCUCCACCGACCAGCAAACAGGAGGCAGUAUCACCUGCCGAGCCUCGCUCCACCUGCUGGGACUCCCUGCCGGGGAGAGCAGCAGAGAGACCAGCGUCCAUCUGACGCCGCUCUAUCCCCCACAUAUUAAGUCCAUACCGGAGUCCCUUCUUUUGACUGUUGGUUCUCCUCUCAGUCUGUCGUGCUUUGCUGAGGGGAAUCCCACCCCUCAAAUCCAGUGGAGCUUCAGGACCCCAAGUGGUCUGCCGGUCCCUGUUGGUCAGGACCAGCAGCUGCUCUUUAAAUCUGUCACUCUGUCUCACGCUGGGCAGUACAGCUGCCUAGCGAGCAACACUGUCGGAAACCACACGGCCAAGGUUGAGGUCACGGUUCAGGCUCCACCGACCAACACCUCCAUCUCUGUGAGUCCAGGAGAGGAGGUGAUGGAGGGCCAGAGGGUGAUGGUGUCCUGUUUCUCACAAGGAGCUCCGGUGGGAAGGCUAGUACUGAGGAGGCUCAGCCAGGAGGAGCAGACAGAGCUGCAGUCCAGUGAUACCUCCUCCUCUGUCUCCUUCCUCCUUCCCUCAGCACUGCUGGAGGACUCAGCUCUGUACCAGUGUGAGGCCUCCAACCAGUACGGCUCCCAACUGGUCAACACCUCCAUCACUGUUAAAGCUUAUCCUCUCGAAGUGGAGCUAUCUCCAACAACGGUCACCGAGGAAAGGGGCUCUGCGCUGAUGUUGAGCUGUAGAGCCUCAGGUUGUCCUCAGCCGAUCCUGACCUGGAGAAGACCUCUGGACCAGCCGGUCCCCAGACCAGCAGACAGCCAGGGCCCACUGUCCCAGCUCCUCUUCACACAUCUAGACCUUUCUGAUCAAGGAGCCUUUAUCUGUGAAGCUCAGUGUGGCUCCAUCAUCAGAUCCAAACAUGUCGAGGUCCAGGUUUACUCUCUGCCAUCUGAUCCGGUCCUGGAGACCCAUGGUCCUGUUCUAUUGGGUCAGGAGGUGGUCCUGGUUUGUUCUGUCUAUAAUGUCUACCCAUCCAAUCUGCUGAGGAUCCAAUGGCUUGCCGGGGACACGGUACUGCUCUCAGAACUGGGCCAGAAUUCAAGUCACUUGCAGAAUGUUACAGCCAUCUUGCAGUACAGCACGGGACCGAAGGACCAGGACCAGGUUCUGACCUGUCGAGCUUUUCUGGAGCUAAACAAAAACAGAUGGUGGCCCUCCAGAGAGACCAACACCUCCCUGAAGCUCCACUAUGCACCGACCAACACCUCCAUCUCUGUGAGUCCAGGAGAGGAGGUGAUGGAGGGGCAAAGGGUGAUGGUAUCCUGUUUCUCACAAGGAGCUCCGGUGGGAAGGCUAGUACUGAGGAAACUCAGCCAGGAGGAGCAGACAGAGCUGCAGUCCAGUGAUACCUCCUCCUCUGUCUCCUUCCUCCUUCCCUCAGCACUGCUGGAGGACUCAGCUCUGUACCAGUGUGAGGCCUCCAACCAGUACGGCUCCCAACUGGUCAACACCUCCAUCACUGUUAAAGCCCCCCCAAGGAACACCACGGUUCUGGUCCUCCCAUCAACAGAAGUCCAGGUGGGACAAAAUGUCACCAUCUGCUGCAAAGCCAUCAGUUUUCCACCACCCGUUGUGAUUCUGAGGAAGCUGGAUGCUGGGACAGAGCUGCACUCUGUGGACUGUACCUUUGUACUGGUCAACGUCACAGUGAAUGACACAGGCCGGUACCAGAUCAACAUAACCAACCAUCUGGGCUCCGAGACGCAAAUCUUCACCAUCAGCGUCAUGGAGAGGAGCAGACGUACUCCCUCCGAUGUCAGCGUGGUCAUUGUGGCUUCGCUGUGUGGAGGAGCAGGACUCGCCACUGCUGCGCUGCUUCUGGACUACCUGAGGAGAAGCAGGAAGAAGGGUUUCUACCAGCUAGCCAAGUCUGCACCUCCUUCAGCAUAACCUACACACACAUAUCUGUCCGACAAGCUUCAGCAGAAAAAACCCUUCCGUCUCCCUGGUACACAACAGGUUGUCGGCCCACCAUAGAACAGUCGAGCCAUCC